AUGUCUUCCCAUUGGACUUUUAGGAUCAAGCAUUUCCUGGUCAAGAAACAAAAGCAGAAUCAGCCCAUUCCUCAGUGGAUUUGGAUGAAAAUUGGUAAUAAAAUAAGGUACAACUCCAAGAGUAGGUGCUGA